AUGAGUGAGAGAGAAUUCCAAUACAACACAAAAAGCCUUUUCAAGCAGCAGAGCAAAAGAGAAGUCAACAGAAAUACGAGUCGAACGAAAACAAAACAUAAAGCAGAGAACGAAAGCUAUUGGCAUUUUAGCGCCAUUCCAGUGAUAACAGUUGAUUAUGCUGUUUUUAUCAGUUUACAACAACAAACUAUAAAAUAA